AUUAGUGCGAGAGAGAAGAAACUCCACUUUGUUUACGUCCAGAUAACACAUUUUUUGAAGGGCUUCCAAAACGCACCGUUUUAAAAGCUCUUUUUAAUUCUAAUGUGCGCUAGUGCCACCCUCCCAGUAGAGAAUACUGAGAAGUGAGAAGAGUUCACUCUGUAAAGAAUUGAAGAAAUGGAAGAAGGAAAAGAAGUGGGAGAAGAAUCAAAAGAAGAGAGAGUUGGGGAAGUGAAGGAAGGAGUGGCAUCAAUAGCGUUAUUGCCAAGUGGGUCCCUCUCAGGCCAUUUCAUUCAGCUUCCUCAAUCUAUCUGCUAUGGUCUUCAUGGCACUGAGUUGGCUUGUGAGAUGGAGUGCAGCAGGGGUGAGGACUACCGCUUGAUCAAGCUCACAAUCAUAGACUACAAUAGUAAGAAAGAGCACGCUGUCGUAGUGGAGUGUAGAGGGCAUGAUGCUGCUCGGUUCCAUAACAUUGACCAUGCUCAUGGUUGGGAGAAGGAUGUCGUGGAUAUGGUUGAACGAAAAGAAGGGAAGAAAAAGAUUUUGAUCUCUUUUGAGUGUGAGACACUGAAAUCUGACAAAGCAGCUGAAGACCAUAUAAAGCAGUUCAUGCCUAAAUUAUCUGGGCUAGAUGCUGUUGUUAAUAUUGGACGGAUGAGCAUGUCAGGGUUGGACUUUGAAGCAGAAGCAGCAGACUCUAAGCAGGAUUUAUCAACUGCUUAAGAUGUAUACCCUAGUAAUUUGAUUCGCCGGAAUAUGAACAUAUGAAAGCAAUCUAGUAUAUACUUUCUUGUAACGUGGUGAAUAUUUGAUAUCUUACUGCCGUCUAUGAGAUGAAUCAAUGAGUGAAUAUUCAACA